AUGGUUUCACUCGACUAUGUCUCAAAGCUGCUCCCGUCGAAAGGCCUACGCAAGCUAGGCCCCAACCGAACGAAUGUUGGCAUACAAUGGAAGUUUCAGACGCCGAUGCCCUUAACUCUCGAAAGCAGCGCGCUUUCCACCGGUACACCACUCAUAGGGGAGGCCAUACUCGACGUGAGAAAAGAUUUAGACGUCAAGAGCUUCUCUGUGACGUUGCGUCUCCAUCACUACUACAAGAAACCUCUUCGUACCAACUGCCCUGACUGCGCUCACCAUUAUGUUCAUCUCCAAAGGUGGACUUUCAUCGAUAGAAGAGUCAUGCCAUCCGACGGAAAAUACCCCUUCAUGUUCACCACGCGGCUUGACAACGACACGCCUCCCUCGGUUACGACACCUCUUUUGGACCUCACGUACGAAUUAUCUGCCGAACUCAUUCUCGCCACUGGAGAAACAAUUACCUGGAACCAGAAUAUUGAAGUGAAGCGUUCACUGUACAGACCCCAAGUCGUUCGUGAGAGUUCUAUGAGAAUUUCAGGAACCCCGUUGAACGCGCGUUUGUCGUCAGAGCAAAUUAUCAGACUGGACAAGAAAGUCAAGGUAGAUUUCUCUCUCUCUAAACCCAGGCACGGAGGAGGUGAGAUCUACGCAUGGGAAGCAAUCGGAGUAGAAUGGAGGCUUGAAGAGCACGUCGAGGCCCCACUGGGUAUUUGUGCCCGUCACGCCGAGCAAGAGCCCACCAAUCAUAGGCAAAGCGUCUCUCAUAUUGUAGCAAAGGGACAACCUCGCAAGGAAUGGAGACCGUCCCAGAGUGAUCAGGAGACGACUUCGACACUAAGCUUUGAGUAUGGCCCGAUUGCGACGAUGGUUGCAAAGCGCAGCAAGUCAUGCGUGUGCGAAGAGGCCUCGAACACCGCCCUGAAGCUUUCGCACGACUUUGUUUUAGAGGUUUCGUUGUCAGCAGUGACGAUGCCAUCUGACAAGGCUGAUAAUACUUCAGCAUCCAACAGUUCUCGGAAGAUAAGAAUUCGUCGACCAGUCAUCCUCACAGAGCGCCAAGAUAAUACUUUCGAUAAUACCUUUGAGAACCUGGGCGAAACGCUGCCGGUAUAUACGAGGACCGAAUCUGAUUUACCGGCCUACGUUGUAUGA